GACACCUGGCACCAUGGUCUCACUGGGUGUAUUUGCACCCUAUAUCUCCAUCAUCAUAAGAACCUGAGGCUCAGAGAGGGCCAGCAACUUGCCCAGGGUCACAAUGGUGAGUGGCAGAGUAAGGGUAAGCAUGAGGUCCAGCCCAGAUUCACCAGGUUGCUGUCCCUACAGCUGGUCAAGACCGCCGAGCUGGACCCCUCCCGGAACUACCUUGCUGGCUUCCACCCCCAUGGGAUCCUGGCGACCGGAGCUUUUAUCAAUCUGUGCACUGAGAGCACCGGCUUUUCCUCGCUGUUCCCUGGCAUUCGCCCCCAUCUGAUGAUGCUGAACUUGUGGUUCAGGGCCCCCUUCUUCAGGGAUUACAUCAUGUCAGGGGGGCUCAUCUCAUCAGACAAGGAGAGUGGUGCUCACAUUCUGAGCAGGAAGGGAGGCGGCAAUCUGCUGGGCGUCAUUGUAGGGGGUGCCCAGGAGGCACUGAAUGCCAGACCUGGAUCCAACAUGCUGUUGCUGCGGAACCGCAAGGGCUUCAUCAGACUUGCCCUGAUGCACGGGGCAUCUCUGGUGCCGAUCUUCUCCUUUGGGGACAAUGACCUAUUUGACCAGUAUGAGAACUCUCCUGGCUCCUGGUUGCGCUGGAUUCAGAAUCGACUACAGAAAAUCAUGGGAGUCUCCUUCCCGCUCUUCCAUGGCCGUGGUGUCUUCCAGUACAGCUUUGGUCUUCUGCCCUACCGCCGGCCCAUCACCACUGUGGUGGGGACGCCCAUCGAGGUGCAGAAGACACCGCACCCCUCGCAGGAGGAGGUGGACAGGCUGCACCAGCGCUACCUCCAGGAGCUGAGCGACCUCUUCGAAGCCCACAAGCUCAAGUACAACGUCCCCAUCGACCAACACUUGGAGUUCUGCUGAGCGCCUCCCCACAGGGGGGCCGCCCUCAGGGGCAGAGCUGGCACUAGGGAGCAGAGAGGGAGGGGCUGUGAUCCCAGGAGGCUUCCUGGAGGUGUAUGUCGAACACAUCUCCAGAGCCUUCACUGACUCCUGCAAUUCCAAAACACGCCAGGCCCCGAGUCAC